CGAACCAGCUCCGGUUCUACCGGAUGGUUACUGUAGAGGAUUUGCGGAGUAACCCUCAGCGUUUGUGCACGCGUGUGUGGCGCGACGAUACGCGAUGAUUAGGAAUUGUUUAAACCCCGUCGUUUCGCGGUGCGCCCGUACUGGAUCGUGAUUACCGCACUAACGCGCUGCUGCUGCUGCUGCUGCUGAUGCUGCUGCUGCUGCCGCGAUGAUAAUGGAUGUAACCUGCCCCGCCUAUUGUGUUGCGAUGAACGGAGGUUUUGUUCCGAAAGGUAAUGAUAGUAUCGACGCAGUAGCCAUCCUCCAGUAGUGCCCGGUAGUGUCCGGAGGGCACACGCGAUUCGCUUCAUUCAGUCUGAAAUCGGAGCUCAACCCAGUAGCACCGCCAACGUGGCCAGUGUCUCGGGUCUCUUUCUACCGUAGUGUAGUGCAUCCGCCACAAAGAUGCACCGGAACUCAAUCAGCUUGUUGUCGUGGUCGUCAUCGUCGUCGGUGCUAGUGAUGGCGCUCGCGGUCGCGCUAGUGACUGGUGUGUGGUUCGGCGACAAUUUGCUCGUUUCCGGUGCUACUACCCAAACGAAUCCGCUCGCCGAUGACGAGGAGGUAGCGAACGCGACAAUGGGACUGCUGGAGAACGUGGCAACGGCACAGGCCGCACUGGAGCGUUUCAAAGCGGACGGUGCAGCACCGUCGAUCGACUAUCUGCAGCUGGCAACGGUGGGGCUGAUGGAGUACGUCGGCAAUCUGACGGUCCGGUUCGAUGCGACGUUCAAGGAUUUCACCAACCGUGACCUGGAACCGAUACAGCACGCGCUGAUCGAAACCAUACGCUACCUGAACGGUUACGAUUCGGUUAACAGUAUCUCGAUGCUCCAGAACCUGGACUACAGCAUGUACAACCACAAUCUGCUCCGCUCGAUCAACAGCGAUCUGCGGAUCGGGUCGAUCGGUCUCUCGGAGGCACUGUUCAAUCAGCGCGAUGUCAGCGUGGCCGUGGACGAUGUGUACGCCGCCACCGAUAAGCUGCAGGAGAACGUACUCCGGUUGGCCGACGUCAUCGAGAAGGGUAGUGCGUGGACGCUGGAAACGAUGGCCCGUGCUCAAGCCGCCCAGGCCGGUUUCAAUGAGUCGAUCGACGCGUACAUUAACGGUUCGCUGACCGUACUGGACGAGUUGGGUGGCGAUCGGUUGGAUGAGUUGCGCAGCUUCGAGGAGGAUCUGUACCGUCGGUUCAAGGAGAGGAUCAGCACGACACCGUUGCCCAAAUCCACCACCGCCUACUUUAUCGCGCUCAAGAAGGCGAUCGAGAAUACGAUCCAAAAGAUACGGAUCAACUUCGAGAACCUGAAGCUGUACAAGCACCGUGACAUCGAGCAGUGGAAGACGCGCGGUUCGAUCGUCGCACCGAUCAGCUACAUGACCCAGGUCACGGUACAGGUCGCAUCGGAUCCGAUGCUAGCGAACGAUUGUACCGAGUCGUACAUCGAGAAGAUACUGGCCUUCCCGAACAUUACGCUCGCCCACGUGAACGGUUGUCUGGCGGAGCAGGGCGCUAGUGAGGAGAAAACGUUCGCGAUCGUCUCCCAGGUGCUCGACACCUACAUCGUCGGUGCGAUCAAUGCGUCGUACGCGGCGUUCGACAUUUGCUUCCGCUACGCACCCCGGAAGAUCAACAACUGUCUGGAGCUGAACGGCUACGAAAACAGCUGGGCAAAUGGGCGGAUCUAUGCGGCUGCGAAACAGAUCGAAAUGCUCGUCGAUAGCGAAAUACAGCACGGUUUCAACAACUGCGUGGCCCAGAACGGUUACUUCUUGAACUACCACAACAUACAGGAAAUGUGUAUCUACAGCAAGAAGCGAACGCGUUAUCGAAACCGUUGGUCGUCCAACAAAUAAAGUCAGCCCACGGCAAAAACCAAAACCCCAUUUUUUCAUCUGUGUGCAUCGCAUUAUUAUUGAUAUUGGUGGGGCACUGGUAGUUCUAUCAAAUAACCCGAGUUCAGGCCGGA